AUGACUCCCCACAUCUACCAGCAUAUACGCCAUGGGAGUGCGCACUUAGUUGCACGUACAAAGAGCAAAUUAAUGUAUGAACCACUGUUCCAUUUAGGAUCCGAGUCAGAUGUCGACAUGGAUUACCUCCAGAUUCAGUGCAUUGUAAUCACGGGGUGGGGAGGUCAAACCGUUCACCAUCCGCAUUAA